AAAAGAAUGAAAUUUCAAUUCAUUUCAAUGGGGAAAAGGUGAUGUGAGAUAAAGUUUAGUGUUUUAACUUACAAGCGUGGUCACAGAAGUAAUUAAACUUCUAUCUCAAGGCACAGCUGCAUUGACCAAUCCACCAGUGAUUAACAGUGGCUUAUGUGCUUGUUACUGGGGCAUGAGAGGGAGUGGGAGAGUGAGCGUGAAUGAGAGAGAGAGAGAGAGAGAGAGAGAGAGAGAGAGAGAGAGAGAGAGAGAGAGAAACCAGAAUGAGAGAGACAGAGAGAGAGGAUGAGCAGCAACAUCAGCUUCACACUCGUUAAGUGAGCUAUUGGCCACGGUGUCUGUUGGCAGUGCAGUGCGGUCAGGCCAGCCUCUAUUUGUUAAAGACGAACUCAAGCCAGCCUACACCUACAUUGUCGCUAUCUGAUUGCACUCACCGCAAACGCAACCCAACCAGCCAAGAAGAGAGCAGGAAUAUUACACGCACAAUUAUCAUGUCAGGGGCCACCGGGGACUUAACUUGUGAGGAUUGUUUUUCCGCACAAGGGGACAACAGCACGGAGUUGCAUGCGCUCUCCACCGUGGACGACGACGAACUUCUGCGUUACAUCUGGACUGAAUAUUUGCACCCCAAGCAUUACGAGUGGGUUCUCAUUGUGGCUUACAUCUUUGUGUUCUUCGUGUCACUCAUUGGGAAUUUGCUCGUUUGUUUUGCAGUAUGGAAAAACCGCAACAUGCGCACUGUGACCAAUUAUUUCAUAGUGAACCUCUCCUUCGCUGAUGUCUUGGUCACCAUUAUCUGCCUGCCUGCAAGUCUAGUGGUCGACAUCACAGAGACAUGGUUCUUUGGACAGACACUUUGCAAAGUUGUGCCCUAUCUGCAGACUAUCUCCGUCUCCGUGUCAGUCCUCACUCUGAGCUGCAUUGCUCAAGACCGGUGGUACGCCAUCUGCCACCCGCUGAUGUUUAAAAGCACCGCCAAGAGGGCUUGCAAGAGCAUUGUUAUCAUCUGGAUAGUGUCGUGCAUCAUCAUGAUCCCUCAAGCCUUCGUGAUGGAGAGCAGCAGUCUGUUGCCGGCCCUCACGAACAAGACCAGUUUGUUCACUGCGUGUGAUGAACACUGGGAAGCUGAGAUCUACCCUAAGGUAUAUCACAGCUGUUUCUUCAUUGUCACAUACUUUGCACCUUUGUGUCUCAUGGUGCUGGCCUACAUCCAGAUCUGUCACAAACUAUGGUGUCAACAGAUUCCUGGCAGCACAUCAGUGUUGCAGAGGAAGUGGAAGACCAUGCAGUGCUCGGCGGCAGCUGGCGGGCCAGGAGAGUCUGUGCGGGUCAAGACCAGCACUGUCUGUGCUGAGAUCAAACAGAUCAGAGCGCGGCGCAAGACGGCUCGCAUGCUGAUAGUGGUGCUCCUUGUGUUUGCUGUGUGCUACCUGCCAAUCAGCGUACUCAAUGUAAUGAAACGAGUCUUUGGGACCUUCAAGAACACAACUGACCGAGAGACAGUGUAUGCUUGGUUUACUUUCUCACACUGGCUCAUAUAUGCCAACAGUGCACUCAAUCCCAUCAUCUACAAUUUCCUCAGCGGGAAGUUCCGUGGGGAGUUCAAAGCAGCCUUUUCUUGUCAUUGUCAAGGUCGAGGCCAAGAGAGACCGAAGAGAAUGAGCACCCGAAUGAGCACAGACAGCCGAAAGUCGUUGUCCACUCACGUUAACAACAUGGACAAUGUGUCACACAUAUCAGAUCAAAUAGUGCAAGAUAAUCAGCAGAUUGAGAUUUUAAAUGUUUAGACUUUUACUAAGGUUUUAUGUUUCGUAUUUCAUGGAAGGCUUGAUGAAAUGCCCAUUCCUGCUCCAAGGUGAAGCUCGGCCACUGGAAAUACAUUUCAGCUCACACUGUCUUGCUUCUAUUUUUUCCUCUGUACUUAUACAAUAUACACCUGUUGACACUCUGAUAAGGACUAAUGAGCUUUAAAAUGUUAGAUUCCAAUUUGGGACCUCACUUGACAAGCACUUAAUGUAUUUAUUACUUGUAAGUUGGUUUGUGGGAAUACUAGCUAUAUAUCAAACGGUGCAAACAAAAUAGCUUAUUUGUUCAGGUGAAUGUGUCAUCCUCUUUUUCAGUCUUUUGGUGGAUAGCCUUAAAACGGACACGCAGGGUGUUUAAAGGACACACAGGGUGUUUAAAGUUGUCUCUGUGCACUUAGAACAACACACUUCCUGACUUUGUUGCUACUCUGUUGUGUUGUCCUUGUUGUUGCUUGUGGCCAAAAAAAAAAAAAAGAUGAUUUGAACUGCUUUGUACUUUUGUAAACUCGCUCUUGCUGUUGUCUUACUUAGUGAGCACCUGUCUUUUUAGCAAUUAGGAGUGACCAGGUAUCUGUACAAUUCUUGAAAACAGUGUGGUUUUACUGUUAUACAAAGGAGUAUUAGGGGCUACACACACACAAAAAAAACAAGAAUAAAUGUUAUUACUACGUGAAAAAAAUAAGUUGUAAUUUUACAACCAAAAUAUCAUAAUAUUAUGAGAAGCAAUUUUUGUUUUUCCAAUACUAAAGUCCAAAUAUUAUGUAAAAUAAAUAAAUAAAAAGUUUUAUGUAAGAUUAGGAACAAAACAGUUAGAAUAUUAUGAGAAUAAAGACCCAAAAUUAGGAAAGUGCAGUUUUGUGAGAAAAAAAGUCAAUUUCGUUUUACAAGAAUAAAGUGCAAACAUUACAAGGACAAAAUACUAAUUAUAUGAGAAUAAAUUCCUAAUAUUCUAAAAAUUGUAUUUGUAAAAUUUUGAUGCAUACAUGCAUAUUUUUUGCGAGAAUACUUUAUUGUUAAUAUUCACAUUAAUAAGCUCGAAAUAUGAGGGAAAAAAGGAAAAAAUUCUGAUAAUAAAGUCAUUCACAUGAUGUUAAGCGUAAAGUUGCAAUAUUAUGAGAACAAUGACAUUAACACAUUAUGACUUUUAUUCUUGAAAAACAACCUUAUUCUUGUAACAUUACUACUCUUGUAUUUGUAUUUCUUCCCUUUCUAAUCAGGACAUAAUAAACAUGUAAUAUCUGCCUUGAAAAAAUUAAGUGAAGUAGAUUCAUAUACCCUCACCAGCCCCAACGUUGGGUACUCCUGCACUAUCGAAUGAGAUCCAGCAAAAGAUAUUUAUUGAAAAUGCUGCCUUUACAAAGAUAAAAGUUCUCAGUUUUGCCCCACACUACCAAGAGAGGUACAUAUACAACAUAUAUGUAUUAUCAUGGUUGUAGUUUGCAGUGAUGUGGAAAAGCUCCAGUCAUAAUUUGGUCACACAAACGCAAACUACUUACAGAAUAAUAGGUGUUUUGUUACAUUAACACCUACUUGGCAGAAUUGUUAUACAACAGUUUGAAUCUCAUUAGAUGUGGAUGUGUAACUAAUGAAAUUGUCAUGUGUGUGUUCCGGGUUUUGUCUUCCCACCUGUUUCACACACACCUGCUCCUGUGAGCAUCUUCACCACCUGUGCCUCGUUCACCCUAAUUACCCCUUGUAUUUAACCUCGUGUCUCAUUCCCUCGCGUUGCCAGUUCGUUGUACCUUGUCGUCACGUUCCAGCAUUCCUUGUUUCCACGUCACAGACUCACAGUGAGACUUGACCCUGUUCCGAUUAUCGACCUUGCCUCUUUGCCUCAUGUUUUUGGAUACUGUUGCCUUUCUUGGUUUGCCUGCCUGUGUACCGACCUAUGCCCGUCUAUUAAACCUCUCUUUUUGGAAACUG